AUGCACCAGGUAAGAAUAUUUGACUACAGUCAUAACAACUUCAGUGUGAAGGAGACAAUGGACCAUGGUGAGGGAAAGCCUAUGGAAGAUUACAAGGUAAACCUAAGAGAUCUUUGGUGUGACUGCGGAAAGUAUCAAGCAUACUGUGUUCCUUGUCCACACGUUAUUGUUGCAUGUUCCGUGGUGCGCCAAGAUGCAUAUCCUCUGUUGUCUAUGUUUUACAGGGUCGCAAACUUAUUUGGUGUUUACAGCACAUGUUUUCCAGUUCUACCAUUAGAUGAGUAUUGGCCCACUUUUGAUGGAGACCAAAUUUUCCAUAAUCCAAUAAUACGGAGGAAUAAGAAAGGCCGCCCAGUGAGCUCACGUAUUAGAACAGAAAUGGACAGAUAUGAUAAGUUAGAGAGAAAAUGUGAGUUGUGUCGUCCUCCUAGUCACAACUGA